AUGGCCGAUCUAAAUUGUUGGCCGUUCGCAUACCGAUUACAGUUUGUACGUGCAAACGUACAGGGUGCAGCCAGAGACUGGUUUGUAGGCCGUACGUUUCGGAAUUGGUCUGAUUUCAAAACGCAGUUUAAUGCAACGUUUAUACGCGCUGUACGUAUGUCUGAUCGCUGGGACGCUUUGCGUAGGCGGAAUCAGAGCAAGGAUGAACACUCAAUGGACUACUUCCAAUUGAAGGUGAGACUGUGCCGCGAUUUAUCGCUGUCGUUCGAUGAAGUACGGGACCAUGUAAUUCAAGGUCUGCAUUCGCGUGAAAUGGCUAUGUAUGCUCUGUGCAGAGUGCAUAGGGAUGAGAAUGAUUUAUUGGCAGACAUAUUGGACUGGGAGCGGAUGGACUCACUGCGGAAAACGGACGCGAAGUCUGACCGACCUGUCAAGCCCAAGGACUCGUACAAAAUGAAUGAACAACGGAGUCAAUCAGCAGGUGACUCUCUAAAGGAUAAAAGGACUUGGAGGCGUGCGGUACCGGUUGGAGACAAAGCGGUUGCCGCUACGUCGAGCCAAGAGAACAAGGUGACUGAUGAUGUCAGGCGUGGCAGCUGCUUCAACUGUCACAAGGUAGGGCAUCUUUCCCGCGAAUUUCCUACGAAAAGAAAACCAAUGACAUGUUUUCGCUGUGGCGUAGCUGGUCAUAUGGUGACGAAUUGCCCGACCCAGCAACAAGUCAACACUAUUACUGAACGGAAGAACAUGAAAGCACAUCAUCCGUACCAGAAGGUCGGAGUUGUGAACGACUGUGAGUUCGUUGCACUAUUGGACACAGGCAGUCACUUCACGUUGUUCAAGGCAACACUUGCAAUUAAGUGUGGCGUAAGCGUUCGACCAUUUGUUAAACCGUUGUAUGUUGUUGGCAGCACGGUUGUGCCUGCUCUAGAGACUGUCGGGGAGGCGGUGAUCGAAAUAACUAUUGACGGAGUCAACGCCGGACCAGUAGUAACGCUGAUCGUUCCCGACGACGUUCAAGGACCCGAUGCCAUUAUAGGAAGGAAUUGGUUAGAUUCGACUGCUGUAUCGUACUAUAAAUCAGGAGGUCAAUUAGUACUCGCGGAAGCAAACAUUGUGAAUAAACUAGUUGACACUACCGUUGUUACGUCGGGUAACGAAUUGGACAGCUUGCAUGUAGUGAGUACGGAGAGCGAACUGGAGCGUGCACCACUUGAUUUAAGCGAAUUCAAGUUUGUGGAUGAAGAGGCGAGUGCUGCAGAGAGGUCAAGUCUGUCCGACUUGGUCAAUGAGUAUCGAGAUUGUUUUGCCACUAGCUUGGAGGAACUUGGCUGCACUCCCUUGACAUCGAUGGAUAUUUCGGAGGUAACAGGCAGCAAACCAGUUAUGUGCAAACCCUACAAAACGACGGCGGCUGACAGGGCCGAAAUAGAAAUAAUUGUAAGUGAUUGGAAACGCUGUGGGCUGGUGGUCGAAACUCGCUCACCUUAUGCCAGCCCGGUAUGA